AUGUUCCAUGCGGAUAAGGCGCCUGGUCUCGACGGGUUCUCUGCUGGGUUUUAUCAUUCCUACUGGGACAUCAUUGGGGAAGACAUAUAUCGAGACAUCUGUGAGUUCUUCGAAACAGGGCAGCUUCACCAGAGACAGAACGAGACUCACAUUCGUCUUAUUCCUAAGGUCACUUGCCCUCGGAAAGUGUCAGAUUUUCGGCCUAUAGCACUGUGCACUACACAUUACAAAAUCAUUGCGAAAAUCCUCACGAACCGUCUACAGCCUUUACUGCCUCGGAUUAUAUCUCCACACCAAUCUGCCUUUGUCCCGAAGAGAGCAAUCGGAGACAACGUGUUGAUUACUCAUGAGAUUCUCCACUAUCUCCGCACCUCACAAGCCAAGGUUCGUUGCUCUAUGGCGGUAAAGACGGACAUGAGUAAGGCAUACAAUCGUAUUGAGUGGUCCUUCCUGGAGAUGGUUCUUCAGAGAUUGGGUUUCCAUGAGAAGUGGAUCUCUUGGAUCAUGACCUGUGUGACUUCCGUUUCAUACUCUUUCCUGAUCAAUGAUGGACCGCAAGGAAGGGUGCUCCCCUCGAGAGGACUCCGUCAAGGAGACCCCCUCUCACCCUACCUCUUCAUCCUUUGUACUGAAGUCCUGUUGGGAAUGUGUACGAAAGCACAAGAAGCAGGUCAGAUUCCGGGAAUUAAGGUGGCUCGCAACUGUCCUCCGAUCAAUCAUCUCCUGUUUGCGGAUGACACGAUGUUUUUCACUAGAUCGGACAGUGCGAGUUGUGCUAACCUUUUAUCCCUCCUUGCUCAGUAUGAGAAAGCCUCUGGGCAGUGCAUCAGUCCGAGUAAAUCUGCCAUCACGUUUUCCUCCAAGACUCCGGGGGUUGCGAAAGACCGGGUUAAGCUCUCUCUUGGUAUUGAUAAAGAGGGAGGGAUUGGAAAAUACCUUGGAUUACCGGAACAUUUCGGUCGGAAGAAGCGCGAUAUCUUCAAUAACAUCAUCGACCGGAUCCGCCAGCGAGCAAUCAGCUGGUCCUCCCGAGAUGUUGAAUGCUUCAACCAAGCUCUGUUGGCUAAGAUAGCAUGGCGACUUUUAGAGGAACCGGAUUCCUUGUUAGGACAGACCCUCAGGGGCAAAUACUUCUCGGACUCCUCUUUGCUUGACUGCUCGAGCCCGAACUCUGCCUCACAUGGCUGGCGGGGCAUUUUGUGGGGUAGAGAUCUUCUGAUAGCUGGCUUAGGGUGGAGUAUUGGAAACGGCGAGACGGUUAAUGUCUGGAGGGAUCCGUGGCUAUCUCCGCAGACCCCGACGAGGCCGAUGGGUCCUCCUACCAGAGAAAAUCAGGAACUCAGGGUCUCUGAUCUCAUCCUGGGUCAGUCAAAUGAAUGGAACUUACAGGCAGUUCGACAACAUCUGCCUCAAUAUGAGGAUCUUAUCCUGCAAAUCAUUCCUAGCUCCCUCAACAAACGUGAUGAACUGGUGUGGUUGCAUGAGAAAUCAGGAAAAUACUCCACUAAAUCCGGCUACGCCAUAUCUCGUUUGCAAGGCCAUCCACCUAAUAAUGAGGAGUUCCCAUGGAAGAAAUGCAUCUCGAACAUCAACACUGCACCAAAAAUUCAAACUUUUCUCUGGAAAGCCAGGAGUGGAGCCUUACCAGUGGGAUCGAUGUUGCUGACUCGUGGUUUCGUUUGCUACACUGAUGGAGCGUGGGAUCCUCGUUCCAGAAUUAGUGGUCAGGGUUGGGUUAUUUCUGAUCAUCUAGGUGCUACUGUGAUGCACCAAUCUUCAAACCGCUCUCAUGUCGCCUCUCCCCUUGUGGUAGAAACACUCGCGGUAAAGGCUGCUCUUCUUGAUGCAGUCGAUAAUGGCUUCCUUCAGUUGACUCUGUUCUCUAAUUCGAAGACCCUCGUUAAUCUCCUCAACUCUUCGUCAUCUACUCUGGAGCUCCAGAGCAUCUUAUUUGAUAUUAGAGUCCUGAGUCGCAGAUUCGAGUCUAUCUCCUUUUCUUUUAUCCCCCGUGCGGGAAAUGUUAUUGCGGAUUCCUUAGCUAAAUCUGCUCUUCACUCUUUUGUAAUGCCUCUCCUUGGAGAGUGA